UUAACUUAGAAAUGUUAAUGAUCUGCACCGUAAAUGCAAGUUUUAACAUUGUUGAACAAAUUGAUAUUUUACUCAAACAACUGAAUGCAUUAUGUAGCUAAAUAGCACAUUUGUAGUAAAUGUUGCUUCUAAAUAUUAUCUUCCCUGCUGAAAAAAACAGCAUAGACCAGGCUGCCUUCCCAGCUGGUCUGACUAUGCACAACUGUAUAAAUGUUUAUUUUACGUUCAUAUCAUUCUGUAAUAUUCUGCAUAUAUUAGUUAUUGUAUCAUCUUUAUUCAGACCUGCAUAUGUAUAGAUAUUCAUAUCUGUACAAAUAUUCACACAUCUCUGUAGCUCCUUUCACAUCAGCUCCUUAUUAUGAUUAUAUUAUUUCAUAUUUUCAUUUUAUUUGUCCCUUAGAGGAAUAUUUGUCAGUAGUCUGUGUGCUUCUCUGGUCUGUUCAGUGUGUUACAUGUCAUACAUGUGUGCACUCACCAAGACUAAUACCUUGUAUGUGUAACUUAUUUGGUGAAAUAAAGUGAUUCUGAUUCUUAAGUUAAAAUCAAUUUGUAACCUUAACAUAAAAUUAAUUAGUUAAUUUACUCCAAAAAAAAAACAGCUAUCUAAAAAAAAAAAAGUAAACUCAGUGUUGUAAAUGUAGUGUGGCUGCCUUAACACUUUAAUUUUACUGAACUUCCCAUUGCAGGUUAACAGGAUUAUUGUUGUGUUAACAUACUAUUUAAUGCUCAAUAAAACAACAAAUCAAUUCUAACAGUGUUUUACUACUAAACGCCAUAUUAAACAAACCUGCACAGUGACCCCUCUGUUCAUCCACAUCUCCUCGACUAAAAUCCAGAGAGAAACGCUCUCCCUGCUGGACAUCCAAACUCUCACUCAGUCUCCAGCCCUUUGGUGAAUUUUUGGGAAAGCCCACCGCCGGCCCUGCCCUUCUGACGUCAGCGGGAGAAUCUGAGGGGAGAAGUCAGACUCGCUGUUUUCCACAGAAAAGCGGGAUGGACACCGAACACAGUCUCCACAAAGCAGCGAAGGACAUGAGGUGCAGCAUCGGGCUUGCCUACCUGUUCUUGUACUACUUGCUACAGUUUUGUGGACACUCAUGGAUCUUUGCAAACAUGUCUGCCAGAUUUCUCUCAUUUGGCUGCGAUGCUUUAGCUGGCACAUUCUAUUUUGUGGGAGUGAUGAUGUGUCUGUGCCAGCUUCUGUCAGUACUGGAGCUUUUUCACAUAGCAGAUGGACUUGAAGAAAGCAGACUCCUCCCUCGCUUGGUCCAGGUGAUGGAGAGAAAUUUCCUUUUAUACUUGAUCAUCAGCCAAGAGGAGUUUCAGAGUAAAACAAUAGUGUGUGUGCUGUUUUAUCUGUGGAAUAUUUCAGAUCUGUUAAGGUAUCCAUACGAGCUCCUGUGUCUCAUCAGCACCCCAUCGUUCAAUAUGCUGUGGGCACGCCACACCGUCUCCAUUCCGGUCUAUAUACUAUCUGUGAUCGCAGAAGGAAUCAGUGUUUUACAGGCACUUCCUUACUACGAGUCUCAGGAGAUGUAUUCUGACGAGCUUAAAGCACCUGUUUCUGUCUAUGUCCAUUUUCCAUACCUGCUAAAGGCUUACCUUCCUCUGUUGGCAGCAGGUUCUGGCAUGACAGUACUAAUCUUGCUGAAACAAAGGACACAGACAUUUGACAGCUGGAAUAAGAAGAUGAAGAUAAGUUAACUGAAGAAAUUCUCAGUGUUACAAAAUGCCAUUAUGUUUUUAUUAAGUGAAAAGGACAUAAGCUAAAAUGCACUUUGGUGCCCAUUUUUAUUUUCUCUUUUUGGGCCCGAAUCAUGGAAAUCCAGAUUUUUCUCACUUUUAUGACUGUGUUGAAGUUUCAAAACAUAACGGUCACUGCCCAAACCAUC